AGCAAGUAGUAACCAUCAGAAGCUACUUUCAAAUACCCCUUAACAUUUGGACCUGAAUCAAUUUUCUCCUAUCUUUGUCAAUUCUCUCUCUGAUCAGACACUCACUUGAAGGUGUUCUGCCGGACUCUGCUUUGUACAAAGGCGUGCUAGUGUCACUCGGUGAUCAGUAUAAUCUUUGUAUUCCAGUGGCUCCUAAUACAUGUAGGUAGUUGCAUGCUUAUCGGAAUCUUUGUCCAUUUGAGUAUUAUUGGUUGUGGGAUGUAUGGUAUAGUAUAGCGUACAAGUAUCACUUGGUUUAGGACAGAAUGUUUAGCUUUUCGGUUAUGCUCUACAGUAGGCUUGUUAGCUAAAUUUUUUAAUUCAGUUAGAAUUUGAAACUUAUGCAAGAAAUGUGGAUAUUUGGCAUUAAAUUCAUGUGUUUUUUCCCGUAAAAUAUUUGAUUUACAAGUCAUAACUAUCAAUCAAUUAACAUGACUGACUCAUAGUUGAGCUCAUGAAUCCAUUGGAAAAAACAUUGUGCUACGGAACAUGACGUAUUCUAAUGCAAGAGCUUGAAAAUCGCAAUUGCAGCCAAAUGGAGACUUGUUGAACUUUUAUUAGCUAGAAUAGAUGUGGAAUAAGAUCUAGUCGUUUUUCUACCUGCUUACUUUUCUUAAUUCUAUCCCGUUAUUAAUUCUAGACGUAUUCCAUUGAGCUCGAUUUUUGCAAGGUGAGGAAACAUGAAGACUGAUGUUUCCAAGGCAGGCCAUGACUGCAGACCCUUGAAAAGAAAAUCAGAAGUUCUUGCUUGUCCAGUUCCACCUAGAGCGUCAGGCAAAGGUUUGCCAUAUGCUCCAGUUGAUUGGCCAAAUGUUGGUGAUAUCUGGGGUUGGAGAGUUGGAAGCAGAGUUAGUGUUGAAGGAUUCUACUCUCAUCAUUUCUUGUAUGCUCCUCAGCACCUCCAAGACAAGCCUACUAGAAAAUUACUAUUCCAGAGCAAGACAUCUGUUUUACAUUAUCUUAAAUCACAAUUCCCUGAAGCUGACAGUGAAGCAUUUUUUGCAUCAUUCACUUGGCAUGUUCCAGCAGAAGCUCAUUCUUCAAAACUAAGCAAAUGCAGUCCUAGUCCCCAAUCAAGCUCUUCGAAAAAAGAAGCGGGUAAAUUGGUAAAAGGUGUUGAAGUCUCUAAUAAAAAACAAGAAGCUGCAGUUCAUUGCGGUAAAGAGGUCAUGGUAGAUGUGCCUGCAGUAGAAGAACAAACACUUGCAAGUGGUCCAACAACCAAGAUUUCAGGACGUAGCCGAGUCUCUGAAAGUCGUGCUAGUGUGUCUCCACAUGAUAGUGCAUGCCACUAUGCGAUUGACCUCAAACAACAGGGUUUGAAAUCCCUUGAUGAAUCUCAGCCUGGAUUGAUUCCCGAGGACUAUGAUCAUUUCCUGAAUUCCCUUGAUGAAAUCCUCUCUGUGCCUAUCACUAGAGCUGAAAUUUCUAACCCUGCUGCUUCUUCGCACAAAGAAGGCAUGACUCAAAUCCGAUCAAAACUUUCUUCUCUUCUUGCCAUGGGUUUUGCCAGCUUAGCUGACUCCAACAAGCUUACCGAACUUAUUGCCCUGGCAUCUCAGCUCAAAAAUGGUCCAACAGUGAGUCCUAGAGAAAUUUCCAUGCUAAAGUUGAUUGAAGAAAUUCCAAUGGCCAGCAACAGCUUCCUAGAUGCUAAGAAGUUAUCAGGACAAGCUGAAAAGUUCUUUGCUGACCUUGAUUCCAAGAUGGCUAAUGUUGCUUCACUCAGGAAUGAAUACAUCGUAACAAAGCAGCAACUAGAAAUUUGUCAGGCUGACGAAGCAUCUGCCUUGUCAGCUCAAAUGGAAAUUGAUGAACAAAUUGCUGCUUUGCAAUCACGUCGGGCAGAUAUCACUCAAGAUCUAAAGCUGACCAACAAAAAGAUCGUUCAAUACUCCUCCAGUCAAAAAAAAGUCAUGGAGUGUCUCCAAAAGAUUGUCCACGAUGUUCGGGCAGCCAAUUCUGAAAAGCAAGAAUGGGAGCUUAGAAAGAAGAGAUCAGCUGAGCAAGAGGCUGAGAUUCUAGCUAAAUUUGCACCACUUGAUGGGUUUUCAUUUUGAUCAGAAUCUGCAUUACCUCUUAGUAUGGGACCUUCUAGUUUCUAGUGCUUGGACCAUGUCACAACUACGCAUUCUGUAUUUUACUAAUUGUGAAGACGAACUUUAUUUUGUAGUCACGGUGAUAUGCAGAUUGGUUGCCAAAUGCUAACUAGUUCCUGGUAUCCCCUCACUGACUGGAUUUUGAUGCA